UAUUUCAAAGACUUCUGGAUUCUGUUCCUGUGGGACAAGACCGUUUGUACUGCUGAAAUGAAAAUGAGAAGCCUAUCAGUCGAAGCUCAGCCUUAGGAGGGGAAGAGACAGAGCAAGAUAAGAAGACUGAGAGAAAAAGAAAGCCUGAUGGAGACGAGGAGAGAUCAGGUCAUGCUGAGCAUCUGAUUGUCUUCACCGACACAGAGAUACCAGAGCUGAGCUGUUUUCAGUGUCAAUGUAUCUGCAGUAAUGUCAGAGGAGCGAGGAAAGGACUGUCUCUCUAAGAUGAGUCUCUCAGAGCAACAGAGCUCUGUGUCUGUGAAGAGUGACUGGUCAAAAGAAGAAGGACCAAAAUUCAGUGAGAGAAAACCAUCAACUAGCAAAAGUGAAAGAUCAGACUCACAUGUGUCCAGCUUUGUGUCUGUGAAGAGUGACUGGUCAAAGGAAGAAGGACCAAAAUUCAGUGACAGAAAACAAUCAACUAACAAAAGGGACACAUUAGACUUGGAUAUUCAGAGGAAACAUGAAAAUUUCAAAGACAAGCUCCUAGAGAUCUUCCAGGAUCUUGAGAGCAAAAUAAUCGUGUUUCUGAAAAGUGAACUAGAAAAGUUUAAGAAAAUAUUACAAAAAGAGAACACACAAUACUUUGUGAAGGACUUUAAUGAGAAUAGAUGCAGUAGCAAAGAAGCAGCUCUUGAUCUCACACUACAUUACCUGAGAGAGAUAAAGCAGGAUGAAGCUGCUGAUGCUCUAGAAGAUGAGCUGUUCUUCAUUCAUCAGCUAAAAUGUGGCCUAAAGAAGAAGUAUCAAUGUGUGUUUGAAGGAAUUGCGAAGCAAGGUGACUCCACACUUCUGAAUAACAUCUACACAGAUCUCUAUAUCACUCAGGGUGGCAGUGAACAGGUCAAUACUGAACAUGAAAUAAGACAGAUUGAAGUUGCUUUCAGGUGUCGUGAAUCUCAAGAGAUACAGGUUAAAUGCACACAAUUGUUUGAAGCACCUGAACAAGACAAGGAGAUCCGAACUGUACUGACAAAAGGAGUCGCUGGCAUCGGAAAAUCAGUCUCUGUGCAAAAGUUUGUUCUGGACUGGGCUGAAGGAAAAGAAAAUCAAGAUAUCAGUUUCAUAUUUCCUCUUCCAUUUAGAGAGAUGAAUUUAAAGGAGAAAGAAAAACUAAGUUUGAUGGACCUUAUAACUCAGUUUUUCCCAGAAACAAAAGGACUGAACCUUACAAGAAGGAAUCAGUUCAAAGUCCUGUUCAUCCUUGAUGGACUGGACGAAUGUCGCCUUCCUCUGAAGUUUGAUUGUAAUGAGACGUGGAGUGAUGUAUCAUCACCAGCUUCUCUGGAUGUUCUCCUAACGAACCUCAUGAAGGGAAAUCUGCUUCCUUCUGCUCUCAUAUGGAUCACCACCAGACCAGCAGCUGCCAGUAAGAUUCCCCCUGACUGUAUCGACCGGCUGACAGAGAUACGAGGAUUCAGUGAUGCACAAAAGGAAGAGUACUUCAAAAAAAGAUUUACAGAUGAGAAUCAGGCCAACACAAUCAUUGAUCAUGUUAAAAAAUCAAAGAGUCUCUUUAUCAUGUGCCACAUCCCAGUCUUCUGCUGGAUUUCAGCCACUGUUCUUAAGAACAUUCUGGAGGAGAAAAGAAAAAAUAAUGUGAAAACCAAUCAGGCUGAUGAGGUCUCUAAAACACAGCAGGAAUCAAAUGCUGAAGACACUCCCAAGACUCUGACACAAAUGUACACACACUUUCUCCGCUUUCAGAUCCAACAGAGCCGCCGAAAGUAUGAUGGAGAAUACACACCAGAUGUUUCCUGGGAUAAAGACGCCAUCCUUUCACUGGGAAAACUGGCAUUUCAUCAGCUGGAAAGAAACAACCUGGUCUUUUAUGACACAGACCUGGAAGCCUGUGGUAUUGAUGUCUAUAAGGCAUCAGUGUACUCGGGCAUGUGUACCCAGAUCUUUAAGGAGGAAACGGGGAUCAUUUUUGGUACCAUGUACUGCUUUGUUCACUUGAGCAUUCAAGAGUUUAUUGCAGCCCUUUAUGCACAUCUGUUUCUAGACAUCAACAAGAAAAGUGUGUUUGUUCAUGAGUCUACAGAACAGGAAAACAAAAAUGAAACCAUGAUUGAUUUUCUCAAGGCUGCAGUGGACAAGGCGCUCAAGAGUGACAAUGGACACCUUGACCUUUUCCUUCGCUUCCUCCUCGGUCUGUCAGUCCAGUCCAAUCGGCGACUCUUACGUGGUCUGUUAACACAGCAAGAUGACAAUGACCAGAGCAGCAAGAAAAUAGUUCAGUACAUCAAGGAGAAAUUAGAAGAUAAUCUGCCUGCAGAGAGAUCCAUCAAUCUGUUCUACUGUCUGAAUGAACUCAAUGACCAAACUGUAGUGAAAGAGAUUCAGACCUACCUUAGCAUGGGAAGUCUCUCAUCUGGUGACUUUUCACCUGGAGAGUGGUCUGCUUUGGUCUUUGUGUUGCUGACAUCAGAGGAAGAGCUGGAGGAGUUUGAUCUUCAGAAAUUCAAGAAAUCAGACGAGUGUCUCAUUCGAUUAUCGCCAGUCAUCAAAGCCUCCAGAAGAGCUCUGCUGAAUAAUUGUAACUUAACAGACAAAAGCUGUUCAGCUAUGGCUACAGUUCUUGAAUCAAAUACCAAUCUGAAAGAGCUGAACAUGAACAACAAUAAACUGCAGGAUUCAGGAGUGAAGCUGCUCUGCACUGGACUGAUGAAUAUAAAGUGUAAACUGGAGAUACUGAGGCUAAAUGAUUGUAACUUAACAGACAAAAGCUGUUCAGCUCUGGCUGCAGUUCUUGGAUCAGAUACUAGUCUGAAAGAGCUGAACAUGAACAAUAAUAAACUGCAGGAUUCAGGAGUGAAGAUCCUCAGCACUGGACUGAUGAAUAUAAAGUGUAAAUUGGAGAUAUUGAGGUUAAGAUGCUGUUAUAUGACAGAUGAAGGUUGUUCUGCUCUGACUUCAGCUCUGAAAUCAAAUCCAUCACACCUGAGAGAACUGGACCUGAGUGGGAAUAAACUAGGAGACUCUGGAGUGAAAAACCUCAGUGAUCUACUGAUGAACCAACAAUUCAAUCUGGAGAAACUACAUCUGAGCGGAUGCAGUAUAACAGAGAAACAGUGUCCCAUCCUGAUUUCAGCUCUGAAAUCAAACUCAUCACAUCUGAGAGAGCUGAACCUAAGUGGAAAUAAAAUAAAAAACAUAGGAGUGAAGCACUUAUGUGACGUACUGGAGGAUUCACACUGUAAAAUGGAGAGAUUGAGGUUAAGUGACUGUUGUAUGCCAGAAGAAGGUUGUUCUGCUCUGACUUCAGUUCUGAAAUCAAACCCAUCACACCUGAGAGAGCUGGACCUGAGUGGGAAUAAACUAGGAGACUCUGGAGUGAAAAACCUCAGUGAUCUACUGAUGAACCCACAAUUCAAUCUGGAGAAACUAGAACUGAAGAGAUGUGGUAAUACAAAGAAACAGUGUCUCAUCCUGACUUUAGCUCUGAAAUCAAACUCAUCACACCUGAGAGAGCUGGACCUUAGUGUAAACAUAAUAGGAAAAGGAGUGAAGCACUUAUGUGACAUACUGAAGGAUUCACAGUGUAAACUGGAAAGAUUGAGGUUAAGCUUCUGUCAUAUGCCAGAAGAAGGUUGUUCUGCUCUGACUUCAGCUCUGAAAUCAAACCCAUCACACCUGAGAGAGCUGGACCUGAGCAAGAAUAAACUAGGAGACUCUGGAGUGAAAAACCUCAGUGAUCUACUGAUGAACCCACAAUUCAAUCUGGAGAAACUAGAUCUAAAUGUUUGCAGUAUUACAGAGAAACAGUGUGUCAUCCUGUUUUUAGCUCUGAAAUCAAACCCAUCACACCUGAAAGAGCUGGACCUGAGCAGGAAUCAAAUAAAAAACACAGGAGUGAAGCACUUAUGUGACGUACUGAAGGAUUCAGAGUGUAAACUGGAGAGAUUGAGGUUAAGCUGCUGUUAUAUGCCAGAAGAAGGUUGUUCUGCUCUGACUUGCGCUCUGAAAUCAAACCCAUCACACCUGAGAGAGCUGGACCUGAGCAAGAAUGAACUAGGAGACUCUGGAGUGAAAAACCUCAGUGAUCUACUGAUGAACCCACAAUUCAAUCUGGAGAAACUAGAUCUGAAUAAAUGCAAUAUUACAGAGGAACAGUGUGUCAUCCUGACUUCAGCUCUGAAAUCAAACUCAUCACACCUGAGAGAGCUGGACCUGAGCAGGAAUAUAAUAGGAAACAGAGGAGUGAAGCACUUAUGUGUCAUACUGAUGGAUAUACACUGUAAACUGGAGAGAUUGAGUCUACAGGAAUGUGGCAUUACAGAUGUUUCUUCUUUAACUCAGUCUUUGACUGACUCAAAAGCACUGCAGUUUUUAAAAGAGCUUGAUCUGAGUUUCAAUAAGCUAGGAGACUCAAAGCAGUGGCUCAGUGACGUGCUACAAGACUCAAACUGUGACCUGAGAGUGGACAUCAGUUCAAAUUAUUUUUAAAUAUGUGAAAUGGACAUGAGAGUGACCAUCAGGUGAUCCACAGUAGAAUCUCACUCAGAUGAGACUGUCAGCAGAAAUCUUCAACCUCUUCAGUAUCAGGCCUACAAAUAUAAUGUUUGAAUUUAACACAUUCAUAAUGAUUCAAAUGUUUCUAAUCAUAAAUGUGAUUGUAUAAAUGUAUCAAGUAUAAAUGUAUUAAAUGAUAUAAAGUCUACAAUGUGAAAUUUGCAUGUUAAAAAGUUUUUUAAAAAACAGGGUUUCUUCAAAAGGUUUCAUCAAAUCUAAUGUAAUGCCUUUUUAAUGCCAGUUUUUUACAUUUUUAAU